AAAAAGAAAUCAAUUUUCAAAUCAAAUUGCAGAUGAUGAAUGCAUUUUCAGUGACCUGCAAUUUAAAAUGAUCUACAAGAAGUUAUUCCCACAAAAUGCACAGCUUCUGCGACCUUAUUUUUCCUCCUUGUAUGACAUUGUCUUUAGAGCUGGUCGGGGUGACGGAGAGUGGUAAAGAUGUGUCAUGUUGGAGAUUACAUUCCAACAGAUUCACACCACAUUGCUAUGAUGAUUAGCUAUACAGAGCCUGUGCUGUGUGUGCAAUGGGAAACGAGAGAAGGCUUGGAGUUGGUCUUGUGGAAAGACAGCUGAAAUGCCAUUUACUUUGCCUACUGAUGAUGCCUUUACCAGGCAGGACUUGUGGAAAGUCCCCAGUGAUGGUCAUUUUAAUUCCCAGCAAGGGUAUGGAAACCUCAUCCAAAAAUGCCUGAACCCAAACAGAAUGAUUAAUGAAAUUCCUGAAAGUGUAUGAUUUAAGAAAUGGAUUAUGGGCCUUCUGUUCUAAUAUUUUUUUGAUGCACUGUAAAUACAGAACAAAAACGUACAUAACGACUUUGAUCGAGUCACAACAUUGAAACAAUAAGGUGGAAAAGGUGUGGUUCGGCCCUGCUCGCUCACUUUUCUUUCCUCCCUCGGCUGAGUGACGCACGCAGUCACGGCAACAUGGAGCCAGAGUGAGGCCAGUGCGCAUGCGCGCCCACAGACGCAGCCACAGAAGAGCCACUUGGUGAAAAGUGACAAAAGACAAAGGAGACAACUGUCGCGAGGAAAACCAAGAGUCCGCUUUUAACCCUCAAAGCUGUGUUUUGACAGUCGGCCGGGGGACUCUCACGAAAGAUACGAUUAACAUUGGAUGUUUGGCAGCGUGGUGAUGGAGCAAAGGACCAAAAAAAUUAUAAUCUGAAAGAAGCAAUCAAUGCAAAUUCAUAUCAAGGAUGGAGACAGUCGUCACUGUGAAGAAGGCAUAAUCGUCAGUUUUGGGGAAAAUUCCUAUUUUAGUUCCACAAUUUCCCAUGCCUUCCAAAUUUACCACCCAAGACAGACUUUGUAUCGCAACAAAACCGUGAACGCUCACCUCGCUUUCAAUCAACCAGAAACACAAAAGCUCUUCUCGUACAGGCGACCGAGUGGUUACCAUGGCGAUAGUUGUCAUGAUGCAGAUGUAGCUACCCGAAGGCGCGUGGUGAACGACGUGGGAUGGGCAGCACGCCGUAUCCAGGUGGUGAGUGGAAGGAGAAAAGCAAGGGUGGCCUUCAGGAGCUGGGUUGCAUGCCCUGGAAGGUCAGCAAGCAGAAAUGUGGAAGUGGGCCGGCGAGAGCGGAGGAACACAAGGGCAGGGAGCCGCAACAGGAUAUACCCACCUUCACUUGCAUGCUCAUGACACCGCAGCUUCCUCGAGCAUCGGCGAGGCGUCCGGCGAUCUACCACGAGAAGCAGCGGCGGGAGCUGUGUGCCUUGCACGCUCUCAAUAACGUCUUCCAGGAUGGGUCAGCCUUCAGCAGGGACACCUUGCAGGAGAUCUACCAGAGGCUUUCCCCCAGCACUCUGGUGACACCUCACAAAAAGAGCAUGCUGGGAAACGGGAACUACGACGUGAAUGUCAUCAUGGCCGCUUUGCAGACGCGGGGCUUCGAGGCAGUUUGGUGGGAUAAAAGGAGGGACGUCGGCACCAUCGAGCUGUCCAACGUGACGGGCUUCAUUCUCAACGUUCCGUCCAAUUUGCGCUGGGGACCUCUGCAGCUGCCGCUCAAACGCCAGCACUGGAUCGGGGUCCGAGAGGUGGCGGGGGUCUACUACAACCUGGACUCCAAGCUGCGUGGCCCUCAACCCAUCGGCAGUCCAGAUGAGCUCAGGAAGUUCCUCCGCCAACAGCUGCGAGGGAAGAACUGUGAACUCCUGUUGGUGGUGUCGGAGGAAGUGGAGGCGCAGCAAACGUGGCGGUCAGACAGCUGAGGAACAAGGCGGCCAAUCACAGCCACGCUUGGCCUUGCGCUUGAUUGAGAUUUAUUCACUGGUGGAUAUUUUUUUUUAACCCCUUUUGGGGGCGGGGGUCUUGUUUACAUGCACAAUUGCUGGACGGAUGCAAAGCAAUGACGAAAGCAAAAACCUUUCCAGGGAGCAUUCGUAGUUCUUGACUUUGAAGAAGAUAUUAUUCAAUUUCUGCUUUUCUUGCUUUUUAUACAACAUAUCUUGACUAUUUUUCAGUCUGUUGUGAUCUGCUGGUUUAUACAUAUAUAUUUUUUUUAGGAUUCACAUGUCCAAAGUCUCGUGAGUACUCUCAAAAUGUCGUCGUGUCUCCUUUUGCGGAAAGGAGGUCUUUUCGCUUUCACCAAAGCGUGCCCUCCUUCACCUUCUUUGUGACGACGUCUCGCUCCUCGUUUGCUUUGUCCCGUCUGAGCUCACCUUUUUGUAUUACGUGCCACAGACGACAGUGAGUCCAGCAGAUCGUGCAGUCUGCGCAGACCCAAAGUUUUCAGCCGGCAACAAAACAAUGCGACACCCAUCAAAUCGUCUCUACUGGAGAUUUGGGCUCGUUGUCGCAUCCCUUCAAGCUGUAGUCUUCAAAAAAUGCAGUUACAAUACAGUUUAAAAAGCUGUUUAAAAUGUCACAGCGUUUCAGAAAUCCUAAAAUGUCACAAUCAUGUUUGCACUCUUCAGUUUCAUACACAAAGUGUAUACACUUUUUUUUAUGAUAGCGGCGAUGUAUGGAACAUCACGGUUGUCGCUUGAAGCCUUCGUUAACCAUUCAAAAUGGCGGUCGGUUAACAUUUGUUUUUGUCACACGGUUAAAAGCUUC